AUGGCCCUUGGACAAGCCCAAGGUGCAUAUCUACGCAAUCUUUUGGAUUGGACGCAACUAUGCUGCCAUGAGGGACUUCAUGAGAUGAUCCACAGUGUCAUGUUUCAAGAAAUUGCUAAAAUUGAUGCCGAGGCCGUGCGUGAUCUUCAGCCCAAGAUCAGUAUUUGGACUAAUGGAGGGGGAGAUGAAGGCGAUGGCGGCAGCAAUGGGGCUAUGAAGGAGGUGGCUGGAGUUUACAAGAUGUUACCACCAUUGUUCAUGACAGCUCAUGAAAAACUGGAAUGCUGCCUCCGACUUGGAUGGGCACUUUGCCAAAGUCUGGUUCUAACAACUUGA